AUGGCCGCUCAAAAUGAAGUUAAAAGUGAAUGGUAUACAACUCUUUGUGGUGAAUGUACAUAUACGUUACCUAAAGUUAUUAAACGUCGCAAUCCAAUACCAGAAGAUCUUAUUAAACAAAUUAUCUAUGGACUUCUUCGUGGUUUGAAAUUUAUUCAUUCAGCUGGUAUUAUCCAUCGUGAUAUGAAGCCAGCAAAUAUUGGCAUAGAUAAAGAGUUAAAUAUUGCGAUUCUUGAUUUUGGUCUAUCUCGUGUUGCAUCGGAUAGUUAUCAAACUGGUUAUGUUGCUACCAGAUGGUGGCGUGCACCAGAAGUAAUUAUAAACUGGGAACGAUACAAUGAAAAGAUUGAUAUAUGGUCUGUGGGCUGUAUAAUGGCUGAAUUAAUACUACUUAAACCAAUUUUUCCUGGAAAAGAUCAUAUUGAUCAGUUACAUAGAAUAUUGGACGUAACCGGUACACCAGACAUACAAACAUUAAAUGAAAUAUGCACAUCAGAGCCACGAUCUUAUAUUAGUCGAAUGACACCUAAGAAAAAACAAGAUUUUAAUCAAUUGUUCGGUUUUCAAUAUGAUUCAACAGGAGAAACACCAAUAUCUGGUGUUUCACCACAAGGUAAAUUUCAAAUAAAAGAAGUGAGAAUAAAAAUUAAUUUCAUUCCAUUUUGUUUUUUGAUAACAGGUAUUGAUUUGCUUGAUCAUCUUCUAUCUUUUGAUCAUCGUGUACGUCCAACUGCGGAGGAAGCACUUACUCAUCCAUUUCUGCAUCAACAUCAUAAUCUAACAGAGGAACCAACUAUGACACCUAUAGUUGACGAGCAUGAAAAUAGACAAUAUUCUGUAGAACAGUGGAAAUCUAUCGUUUGGCAAAUGGUUAAAGACUUUGUACCACCACCUUGGAGUAAUGAUGUUCUUGAUGAAGAUUCAUGA